UUCCCCCGGCCUGAGGCGCUUCUACGUAUUUAGGGCGUGCUCGUUCCUGCACGCCUUUCAAGCACGCGCACGUCUUCCUCGCCGGCGUCGUACUUCUACUCUCAUAGUGAGGCGAAAGUGACUGAGGGUGAACGAAGUAAGCAUGAGAUAGUAAAAGAAGACAGCUCGUUCAUUUCACUUACCGGAGUUCCGUGAGGCCCACCAAAGCAUCCGUGACUGGAAACCUGGAGCCUAGGGGUUCAGACCAAGCGAAAUGGCUGCCUCAUCUUCCUCCUCUUCAGCUGGUGGAGUUAGUGGAAGCUCUGUAACUGGAUCCGGGUUCAGCGUUGCUGACCUUGCCACACCGAGAAAAGCUCUCUUUACAUACCCCAAAGGAGCUGGAGAAAUGUUAGAAGAUGGCUCAGAGCGAUUCCUCUGUGAAUCCGUUUUCAGCUACCAGGUUGCAUCCACAUUAAAGCAAGUGAAACAUGAUCAGCAAGUUGCUCGGAUGGAAAAACUUGCUGGUUUAGUUGAAGAACUGGAGGCAGACGAAUGGAGGUACAAACCCAUAGAACAGCUGCUGGGAUUUACGCCUUCAUCAGGUUGAACGUUUGUUGAUGUGGAAAGAUAAAGAACUUUCAGAGCUCCAUUUUAAAACACCUGGCUGUUUUCCAUUGCUUGGACUACAGUGUAGUAAAGAACAAUCCAUUACUGGUCUUCUUUUUAUCAGAUCCAGUAAACUGCAGGCACACAACAGUUUAUAAAACCUUUUUAGUUUUCCAACAGCCUGUUCCAGGAGGGUGUGAUUUCUGUAAGUAAGAAGAUACAAUCAGUUUUCAGAGAAGAACCUGUUUGCUUAAUUGGGAAGGGAUGGUUAUUUAAACUUCUUUAUGCUGACCUUGGAGCAUGUGUGCUGAAAGUUGGCUGGGUAAUUGGACCCUUGUUACUGUUCAAGUUAAACUCCUGGAGGGCAGAGUCAAAAGGCAGCAGGCUUUGGUCUUAAGCCGUUCCUUUGAAGAUGGAUGUGAUAAAACAGUAGGAUAGGAUCACUUGAAGGACAGAAGAAUGUUAACUGUUUCCUGUAUUUAGAUAUCUUGGUUUUUGCUGAGUCUGCUUUUUCUCAGCGGUUUCUCUGUUAGCUAUCUGUGGAAAUAUUGUCAGAGGAUGACUGCUGUUAAACACAUAGCAAGCCUCUGGAAAGAAGCAUAAAUAAAUUGUUUCGACUGCUA